GCUGGUUCGGCGGAUUUCUGAGUGGACUUUUUGGUGGAGUGGCUGAGUUAGGUGGUUGAGUGAUCAGGUUGACUGGCUUCAUUAAGUGUCUGAGUAGCUGGCGUAGCUGGUGGCUAUGUAGCUGAUAGCUGGGUGAGGUUAUAAGAUGGUUCGAUGGGUGGCAUUGCUGGGUGCUUGGCUUGAUUGGAUGGCAAUGGGUGGCUUGGCUAAAGAUGACUCGUUUAGGUGGCUGGACAAAUGGGUGGGGUGACUUGAUGGCUUCGUUAGGUAGGUGGCUGGAUGGCUUGGGUGGGUGACUGAGUGGCUUGGCUGGCUUGGUCACGCACGCUUACACCAGUUGCUCACCGCCGCUCCAAGUCGAUACCAACCCUCUGGCACUCCUCUCAGCUGAUCGCGACUCACUGCUGCCGUCCAGCCCGGCCCAGGGUGUCAUACUGGCCCCGUCCCCUCCAUUCGACUGCACAUAACCCAUACAAGCCCCUCGUAAAGAACCCAAUACAUGUCUCUUCUCGUUUUCCAGUAGCUGCUGAUCAUCCCCUUGCGUGCAGUCUUACAGAUCACCGACAGAAAUAUGUGUUUUUCUCGCAGGUGUACGAACAGUAGUAUUCCAUUUGGUGUGCCCUUUCCGAUGACACUCUGGUGUGUUUGGCGAAGGCGACGUUUGAAUGCAUCGUGCGGUUGGCAGCCUGACGUUGAAACAUGGCGGGGAACUUGUUAUCUCAGUGGGCCGGCACCGUCAGGAGGUGCCAGUACUAUCCCGAAGGCUGGACCGGUAGCGUGUAGUCCCUCCGCGCUCCGGACCCACGUGGGCGUCUGCUGCAGCCUCCGACUUGACAGAAGCUUGAUUACUUCUCAGCCAAGGACAUCGCCACCGCGGACUCUCGCAGUGUUUCUUUGGGCGUCUGGUAUUGCACUAUAUUCCCUCGCUGGAUGUCCCGUUACCGAAGUAUCUGGAAAUGAAAUUUUAAAAAAAGUGACAACUCGCGGAGUUUAAUAAACCUCACUGGUGGAAAUUGUAUUCCGGAAACGUGUUUGAAAAAAAACCGAAGGUGGCAAAAAAGCACGUGAAUAAGUACUGUUAAGUGGAGCGUUCGUAGUGACACCCCCGAGCCGCCCACCCAAAACAUUACCACCACCACCACUGCCACCAUCAAUUUGACUUUCCAACCUACUGCUGGUGAAGGAGGUUACGCCUUUUCCUCCUCCCCUUUUCUUCCUUCUUCUCUUCCCCGUCCUGCACCGCAGCUACCAAAGAAGUGAGACUCGCAAAGAACGUUCCUCCUUCUGUUAUUUUUUUCCUCCUCCUCCCUUUUGCUCCCCUAUUCUUCUUCUUUCCUGCUUUUGGUGUGCAAUCACUGUUUCCGUCUGACGUGAAAUUUCCCACCGUCCUUUUUGUUUGGGCGUGAUGGCGUGGGCGGCGAAGGGGCGGCUGUGGGCUGUGCUGGCCAUCCUGGCAUUAGGAUGGCACUCUGUUCUCCCCACGCGGCCAAGGGAGGAGAUGAUUCCACUCGGCGCCAUAUUCGACCAGGAUAAUAGGGAGAUUCAGGGCGCCUUCUUGCACGCCAUCCAGCAGCACAAUCAAAACACCACAAGCAGGAGACUUCAGCUUCACGCCUUUGUGGACAUCAUAAGCACGGCAGAUGCCUUCAAGAUCUCCAGACUGAUCUGCCGGCAGUUUUCCCGACCUGUGUACGCGAUGGUUGGUUCUGUUCAGCCCGACAGCUUUGAUACCCUCCACUCCUACACCAACACUUUCCAGAUGCCCUUCGUAACUCCCUGGUUCCCGGAGAAUGUGCCCAAUCCGUCGUCCGGCCUGAUGGAUUACGCGACCAGCAUGCGACCAGAGUACCAUCAAGCGAUUAUCGAUCUUAUCCACUACUAUGGUUGGGAUCAUAUUAUUUACCUCUACGAUUCCCAUGAUGGUCUUCUGCGCCUUCAGGAGAUCUUCCAGUCCCUCCGUCCCGCUCGCGCCUCCUUCCAGAUCCAGGUGGUGAGGCGCGUGGAGUCCGCCUUGGACGCUCUCAACUUUCUCAAAGGCGUGGAGAAGAAUAACAGGUGGUCUAAGAAGUUUGUGGUGCUGGAUUGCGGGACCGAAAUGGCCAAGAACCUAAUUAUCGGACACGUGAGGGAUGUGCAGAUGGGCCGACGUAACUACCACUACCUUCUCUCUGGCCUGGUGAUGGAUGAAAGGUGGGAAGAGGAUGUGAAGGAGUUUGGUGCUGUCAACAUCACCGGUUUCAGAAUUGUCGACACCACCAGGCCCUACGUGAGGAACUUUCUCAAUACCUGGAUGAGUCUCGACACCGACCUCUUCCCUGGGGCUGGCAACAACUACAUCUCCGCACAGUCGGCGCUGAUCUACGACGCCGUGAUCGUUGUGGCAGAGGCCCUCACGAAACUCAAGCGCAAGAAGCUGGAUGCCUUUGGAGAAAGCACGGGUCUGAGCUCGCCUCGCGGGAUGGGAUGUGACACCACGGACAGCGACCAGAGCGUUUGGGAGCAUGGCGAGAAGAUUACACGAUUCAUGAGAAAGGUGGAGAUGGAAGGCCUCACUGGGAACAUCAGCUUCACGGACGAGGGCAAGAGAAGGGAUUACUCUGUGGACGUGGUGGAGAUGACUUACAACAGCGAGACCAUCAAAAUUGGCACCUGGACAGACUCCGGAGGCUUCAGCACAGUGCCAAUCAAGUACACGCGCCCUGUCUCUCACCGUAUCCUGACCAACAAGACUUACAUUGUCACCUGCAUACUGGAGAAACCGUUCCUGAUGAUGAAGAAGGACACCAAUGCUACAGGGAACGGCCGCUUUGAAGGAUACGCUAAGGAUCUCGCUGACCUCGUGGCCUCGUACCUCAACGUUAACUACACGCUUCAGGUUGUGAAGGACCAGACGUACGGUGCUAUAGACGAGUCGAAGGAGGGAGGCUGGAAUGGCAUGGUUGGCGAGCUGGUUAGGAAGGAAGCUGAUAUUGCCAUUGCGCCCCUGACCAUCACGUCAUCCCGGGAGCGUGUAAUAGACUUCACCAAGCCCUUCAUGACUCUGGGUAUCUCCAUCAUGAUCAAGAAGCCCGUGAAGGAGAAACCAGGCGUGUUCAGCUUCAUGUCGCCGCUGUCACAAGAGAUCUGGACCUGCGUUGUGUUUGCCUACUUCGGAGUCUCCAUUGUGCUCUUCCUUGUCAGUAGAUUCAGCCCGUACGAAUGGAAGGUUAUCGAGACAUGCACCAAGUCAAGCGUCACCAAUGACUUCACCAUCUGCAACAGUCUGUGGUUCUCCCUCGGCUCCUUCAUGCACCAGGGGAUCGAUCUGUGUCCAAGGUCGCUCUCUGGUCGCAUCGUGGGCAGCGCGUGGUGGUUCUUCACUCUCAUCAUCAUCUCGUCCUACACGGCUAACCUGGCAGCCUUCCUCACCGUGGAGCGCAUGGUGACGCCCAUCAAAAGUGUGGAUGACCUCGCCAAGCAGACUGAGGUGGAGUAUGGCACGCGGGAAGGCGGCUCGUCCAAGGAGUUCUUCGAGCGGUCCAAGAUCAGUGUGUACAGUCGCAUGUGGGAGUUCAUGUCAUCACGGAGGCAUGUGUUUACCUCGAGCUACGCAGAGGGGAUCGAGAGAGUCAGGACAUCGAAGGGCAAAUACGCCUUCCUGCUGGAGAGUGUCAAGAAUGAUUACGUGAACGAGCAGCUCCCCUGUGACACCAUGAAGAUCGGCCAGAACCUCAACUCUAAUGGUUAUGGAGUCGCCACACCCAUUGGAUCUCCUCUCAAGGAGAGGCUCAACUUAGCCAUUCUCAGCUUGAAGGAGAGCGGAGACCUGGCCAGACUGAAGAACAAAUGGUGGUAUGACAGGUCGGAGUGUUCAAAAGAUACACUGACGGCCCAAACGAACGCCCUUACUCUCAGCAAUGUGGCAGGCAUCUUCUACAUCCUGACUGGGGGCCUCGUGCUCUCCAUGGUAGUGGCCCUCAUGGAGUUUUGCUAUAAGUCUAAAAUGGACGCCACUCGUGCUAAGCUGAGUCUGACGGACGCCAUGAAGGCCAAGGCGCGCCUGUCCAUCACGGGAGGGAAGGACUUGGAUAAUGGACGAGUGAGCGCUCAGGUUUACUCCCUUACUACAAUAUUGCCUCCGCUCCACCCCGCUGAUCCUCCUCCCCCCGUAGAGCCCCACACCUCAGCAUGAACAGUGCUUUAAUUCUACGCCCCAGCCAGCCAGAUCCUGGACGGCGACGCACUGCACCCCAACACGCACACCCAGGUCUGACGCCGGCCGCGCGGCUCCCCCUGCCCGACUCCCCAGCUCCAGCUCCUGCACACCGCCCCGCAGCCCGCCCCGCAGCACGACCCGCAGUACGCCCAGUCCUACCGGCAUUCCUACGGCGUACAGGACCAGCGGCGUCCCUCGCAGGCGUCGCUGAGCAUCACCUACGGCUCGGCCACGUCCCAGCCGCUGCUUGGCUCGGGGGGGACGCCGCACAGCCAGUCCUUCGUGUCCCAGGCACAGAUCAACCACCUGUACACCUCGCACAGCUGUGACUCCCAGACCUCCCUGGCCACCUCGCACCCGCUGAGGGCGUCCCAGGGCUCCCUCGACCUCUCCCAGGUGUCGUGUGCCUCCAGCGGCCCCACAGCGGCACCGCCCACCCCAGGACAGGCUCCCCAACCGCCUGUCACCACCCACACGCCCACAACUCACGUCUGUGCUGACUUGCCCUUCUAGUCGCCCUGCCUCUCGGCAAGGCGUCUACUUUUACUGUUGUUGUUUGUGUAUUGUAUCACCGAGGCCAAGCCCACGCCCGCCAGCCCCAGGGAGGCACGCCCACGCCCAAAAGACUCCAUCACCACAACCUUUUUGCCUUUCUCUAAGCUUCACCCACCUCCUCUAAUCUCCUCAGCGUGCGCGCGCAGACACACACACACACACACACACACACACACACACACACACACACACACACACACACACACACACACACACACACACACACACACACACACACACACAGCCCUCCACACGCCGCAGCCCUCCACACGCCGUCUGAGCAAGAAUGAGUGUGAGGAAAUGAGUGACGGAAUGCAACAUAUUAUUGCUUCCUAUUUUUCCUUCAUUCCAUUACCAAUGCUCCAUGCUUGUUUGAUUUAUUUGAUUUCAUUGUCCUAUGGAAAGUUUUAUUAUUAUUAUUGUUAUUAUUAUUAUUAUUAUUAUUAUUAUUAUUAUUAUUAUUUUGUUGUUGUUAUUACUUGGUAGUAGCACGUAGUAGUAGUAGUAGUAGUAAUAGUACUCAUGGUAAUGGUAGUAUGAAUCUUGGGAGAAUUUGAGAAUGUAGCGGUAAAAAAGACGACAGUAAAAGUAGUGGUGGCAAUGAAGGUCGUUGUAAUAAUACUAGUGUAUGAAAUAUUAUUUUCUCAGCAGGUAAUGCACAUGAUACGCAUAUUUUCUGUUUAUGUUAUGUUUCCAAAUUUAUGCACGAAGUCAUAGUUACAAUUUUUGCAAAAGUCAAAAAUUUUAUAAUUUUCGUGGAGCCAUCUUCUUUGUUAUGAGGCCAUAUUAACAAAAUUAGUUACGUGCACACACACACACACACACACACACACACACACACACACACACACACACACACACACACACACACACACACAGAGUUACAGCUUUAAGGUGAUUCUGAAUAAAGGUGAAUGUUGGAGUGUGACGACCAAGUACAGAGAGAGAGAGAGAGAGAGAGAGAGAGAGAGAGAGAGAGAGAGAGA